UCCUCCCAAUUGCUCCAAGGCCACACCGACCUAACUCUUAUAUCCAGGGCUGGGCCUCGUCUUCGCUCGCCACUUGGUUGGAAGACGAGAGACAUUAAAAGUGAAGCAGAAAUAGUGCUCCCCUUUCUCUCUCUCCGCCAUGAAUGGCGACGAGAGCUACGAACUAUAGGCCGUGCGUUCCUCCUCGUCUCCUUUCUCUUCUCUCAUCCAAACCCUCGAUCGAAGGAUUUCUUUUCUCCUGCUUGCCUUCUCUGAGCCUCUGCGCUAGGAACCAUGGGAACGAGGGUUUGGACGGCGGGGUUUCUUCUCCUGCUUGGAGCGGCGUCGCUGCCGGGAGGCCACGCCUGCGGUGCGCCGCCGACGGAGGGCCUCUGCCCCAGGGUCUCGGCCGGCGACUCGAUCCUCGGGCAUCGGAAUUCGUGCACUGCCGUGGAUUUUCCGGCCCACAAUGAGCAUUCGAGCAGCGUCAUCGAGGGGGGUGAGCAUGCGUUGUCAAGAGCAUUACAACUAAUUUACAGCAUGCAAGGGGCCUCUGUGGCUGUGCUAUUUUAUGCUUCUUGGUGUCCUUUCUCAAAAAUAUUCCGACCAAGCUUCGAUGUACUGUCUUCCUUGUACCCCACUGUUCGUCAUUUUGCAGUUGAAGAAUCUUUAAUCGGGCGAAGCAUACUCUCAAGGUAUGGUGUCCGUGGGUUUCCAACCCUCUUUAUUAUGAAUUGUACCUAUCGGGUACAGUAUCAUGGAUCGCGACGCACCAAUUCUCUUGUAGCUUUCUACAGUGAUAUUACAGGCAUUAAGCCUGAAUCACUGGAUCCAAGCUCACUGGAAGUAACUGUUGGCUCAUCAAGCCUUGUCGAGUUCGUGGAAGAAACAAAUCGCAAAAACUGUCCAUAUUCUUGGUCAAGGACACCGGAGAAGUUGCUACAGCAAAAUACAUACCUCGCGCUGGCUACCUUUUUUCUGCUUUUGAGGUUACUCUACUUUCUUCUUUCGAAGCUUAAUGCAUGGUGGAGAUGCACGAGGCAUGCAAGCUUAAUGAGCUUGUGGGACUGUUCCCAGGCAUAUUUUGUGCAAGCCAAGCAGGUUUUCUGCAGGCUGAAUCCAUGCAAAAGAAGCAAAGGCGCAAUGAAUGCAAAGUCAUGGGCUAGCAAGACACUAGCAUCAGUAUCCAUUGGUGAGCCGAGCUCAGCACGGACACACUUUGGAAGUGAAGGGAGUUAAGAAUUUUCUGGUAGAUCUCGAUGCCAUGUCUGUACAAUUUAUCACAAACAACAUUACGCUUUGUUACAGGCUCCGAUAAUUAUUGCGGCAGCCUCCCUUUUCAAAGUAGAUGAUUCAUUGUUCACCUGUUUACUUCUGGUUGUUGCAUGACUUACUAACAAUAUACUCGAGUAAAUCUCAUGUAAUCAAAUCACUUGAAUCCUUCUAAUGAACAGGGUAAAUGGUAGAAAUUACUUGCAA